AUGAGCUUCGAGGACCUUGAAGAGGCACGAGCCAAGCGUGCUGAGAAAGAGGAGAAAGCGUCAGCUGCGAAGGUUCCUAAGAAACGGGGGCGUAAGCCUAAGAGCUCUGCCAAAGUACCUGCAAAAGGAAUGGGAAAAGUAGCAGGUGCGAAUCUGCAAAGAAAAGGUGAAGAGACUGACGCUCCAGUGCGAGCUGACAACAUGCCUGGGCUGCGUCAGCUAGAGAUAGGACUGUUAUGGAAGGCACCUGUUGCAAAAAUGUAUUAA